UCUUGAUAUCUUUUACAGCAUAGACUUUGUAGAACAGAACAAGCCACUUUAUGAUGAAGGUGAAUGGCAUUGUCAAAGUGGUGCCCGAGGAGGUGUCUGUAGCACUCGCCUAAAUUUUUUAUUAAUGUUUUAGAAGCCGCUAGAGUACACUUUCUCUCUCUUUUUUUUUUAACCAGUAGUAAACACCUAUGAGCACUUUUGAAAAGGUUGUUGUCAUUGAUGGUAAGGGUCAUCUGCUCGGCCGUCUUGCUUCCAUUAUCGCAAAGCAAGCUCUCAACGGUCAAAAGGUUGUCGUUGUCCGUUGCGAAGAAUUAAAUGUUUCUGGUGAAUUUUUCCGUAACAAGCUCAAGUAUCAUGCUUACCUCAACAAACGCUGUGUUGUUAACCCUCGUCGUGGUCCUUUCCACUUCCGUGCUCCUUCUCGUAUCUUGUACAAGGCCAUCCGUGGAAUGAUCCCCCACAAGACCGCUCGUGGUGCUGCUGCCUUGGAUCGCAUCAAGCUCUUUGAAGGCGUUCCUGCUCCUUAUGACCGUGUCAAGCGCAUGGUUGUUCCUGACGCCCUUCGUGUCCUUCGUCUUAAGCCUGGCCGCAAGUACACCACCAUUGGUCGUAUUUCUCACGAAGUCGGUUGGAAAUACCAAGAUGUUGUUGCCAAGCUUGAAGAAAAGCGUAAGGCCAAGUCUGCUGCUUACUACCAACGCAAGGUUGCUCUUGCUGCUAUCCAAAAGAAGUCUGUUGAAUCCAAAGCCGAUUCUAUCAAGGACAUUAAUGCCUCCAUCAUUGCAUUGGGACACUAAUUACCUCGCAUUUUAAAUUCAGACAAAUGGAUUUUUUUCCAACGAAUAAAAAUUUGUAUUCAGACACUUUAAGCU